AGUGCGGCGAGUCAUGCAGAGAGCUUUUGACAAUGGAAGCCGCAACAUGCUUUUGAUUGGCGAUUCUGGAUACCCCUUAGAGCCAUGGCUCAUGACGCCUUUACCGAACCAACCUGAGGGUACUCCUAAAUUUCAGUACAACGAGGCGCUAUGCAAAGCCCGAAAUCCAGUGGAGAGACUAUUUGGUGUACUUAAAGGAACGUGGCGAUGUUUAUCGCAACAAAGGGUGUUGUUAUACGAUCCUGGUUUUGCUGGUAAGGUUGUGAGCGCGUGCUCAACCUUGCAUAACAUCCGUUUGGGCGAGCAAAUAAAUGAACUUGACAACAAUAAUAUAAUAAUAGAAACACAUGCACAUGCAGACGGUACCGACGAAAAUUCAAAUUCAGUAUCUUCCGUUGCAAAACGUGUCCAAGACCGAUUAAUUACUAACUUCUUCUCUUAAAUACUUGAUUUAUUUUAUUUUAAAUUUAGAUGUUUAUCUAUGCACUGAUUUUGUCUCCUAACCACUUAAUUUUUUUCUUCUAAAUUUACAUACAGUAUUCGUAAUUUAGUUUUUCAGAAUGUUUUCAAUCAGAAACCAUUUUCUCAAAUUUUUUUUUAAAUAUAGGUUAUUCUAUAACAAAGACGUUAGAAAUAUAUCUUGCAAACUUUGUACAAUAUUCA